AUGCUCGACAAUCAUCGCUAUGGCUCUUCGACUGAUGCACAUGGCCGUAAUGUCCUCUCGAGUCCUCUUUAUAUCCCUUCUGCGUUCAACACCCCAAGACUCAACGAUGCGGUGGGCGACUUUGGAGAGAUUCGUGAAAAGCUUGUUCAAGCAAAUCUGCUGGCAGAACGCGCUAACGCCUUGCUUAAGGAGCGUCGCAGUAAUGUGAGAUAUCACGUCUCCCUCCAAGUGCCAAUCCACUGUCUCAAUCAAGCUAAACGGGAGCAUCGUCAGCUCCAAUGCGAGCCUGUCAUCGAAUUACACCGUGGAGGUGUUCGAGAGAGGUCAUUGAGUCUCGCUCGAAUGCAAUACAACCUCAGGGAACUAGAAUCAAACCAAGGCGAGAAUGAGGACAGUGGUGUCUCUCUCAGUGGCUCUUCCAAUCUCACCAACGAAGUGAAACUACUAGGAGCAGCACUCAUCCGAUCCUUUUUUAAGGUUUCUGGGCGCAUAAAUGUUGAGCUGUCAACAACCAUUCGUUUGGAGGAUUCUAGAUCGGAACGGUCAAGCGAAUCAGCAGGUGUUGUAGACCUUCUGGAUCGUGAACUGUGUGAUUUUGGAGGAAACGUAUUAGAGGUGAGAGUUGCCAUUCAUGAGGCCAUUGGUGUGCCGCAUUCCUUUGGAGGAAUGAUCCUCUGUCACUAUCAAAUGCUUGGAUUGGAGGAACCAAUUGUUGUGCUCCCCAAACGUGAGUCCUUUUCAGGUCAAACACCUCCCGAUCCGACAACUCGAGAGUACGAACGCACAGAACGCUGUGUCUUUGAUCACAGACGCGUUUUUCACCUUCCGCUCAAUCGACAAACUCUCAACAGCCUGGCGGAUUAUGCGCUUUCUAUUGAGGUGCAUGGAAGCCUUCAAGAGCCUAAAAGCAGCACCAUCAUUCGACGAAUAACAACAAAUAGGGGCCCCUUGCACCUAAACACUAAUCGUCAGGUGGCUGAUCAACAGCAUCAACGGACCAACAGCCCACCACAGAUACGGACAAUGAAAUUGCGCCGCUAUAAGUCUGACCUGGCGGAUAAGCGUAAACCUACACUUCAGGGCUCUCAUACUCUAGCCAUUGGUGCUUCACCCACAAGUGGGCUUCCCAAUGAGGUAGCUACACGACUAGCUGAAGACUGGUUGAGGGUUCAGCGACGAUUGGAUUUCUGGGUUGCUAUUGAAGAACUAAUGGAGGAUCUGGAAGCUUUAUAG